ACAUGAUUGCAGUGAUAUGGACGCGUAUUUCCUGAUGGGCUGACUUGGACUAAAGUAAGACCGUGUCCAGUCAUCAGAUCGUCAGCAUUGCAUCGUGCCAUGGAGAGAUUAGAAGCUACAUCAGAGCUCCAGUCACGGCUGUCAUCUCUGUCCUUCUCGUCUUUUCCGGGAAUAACAUCCAAACAGUGCGACAACAGACCGCCGGACAGGCUCCAGAAUACAGACCUUUCAAACCCCAAGCAACAACCUGAGAUGGAGGAAACCAAGGAUGAUUCAGGGCAGCUUUCUGAGAGUAAUGAAGAGGCCCCUGCUGAGCCAGCUCUGGGGGAAGGAGGCGAGGAGAACAACAGUGCUGGGAGCUGUCAGCUCUCCAGUGAGAUUAAAGCCCAAAUGCCACCCCUGAACCCCCCCACAACAUGGACAUCUGCUGCUCUGAAGGAGCUCAAGGCAAAGCUUCGAACGGAGAAGGACAGCGUGGUGACAGUGUACCGAGGCGACAUCAUGACAGUUCAUGUGCCCACUGUCCCCGAGGCCAAAAAAGUGUGCUGGGAGUUUGCCACAGAUGGUUAUGACAUUGGCUUCGGCAUAUAUUUUGACUGGACUCCGGUCACGAGCCGGUCUAUCACCGUGCACAUCAGUGAGUCAAGCGAUGACGAAGAUGAAGAGGAGGAGCUGGAAGGGCCCGUCAGUAACGGCGAUGUUGAGAAGGGCUCCAAAAGUCAGACCAACUCAAACCUGGGGGAAAUCUUACCUGUAUACCGCCAGGACAGCCACUUGACCGUCUUCGGGGGGAGCCACGAUUUUCCAGGUGAAGGCACAUACCUCCUGAAGUUUGACAACUCCUACUCACUAUGGCGAAAUAAAACUCUUUACUACAGAGUUUAUUACAGUGCCUGAGAUGCCAAUUUAUUUGUUUAUGAAUGUAUAAUUUACAAAAGAAUAUUACUUUUAAAGGUGCUGUGUGUAGAAUUUAGUGGCAUAUAGUGGAAUUAAUUUAAUUAGUGUAUAAUCAUAAGAAUGUUUUUGUUUUUGUUACCUGAGCAUGAGCCCCUUGUAUCUACAUAGGGAGCCAGUCCUCUUUCAUGGAGGCUGCCAUGUGGCACCGUUAUGUUUCUACAGUAGAAGGAGUCGCGUUUUUUGGGAGUUUCGCCGCCACUGUAGUUUCUCUUACAUGCUUGGAAAAGCAGAGGGAAGGGUAUUCAGUUGGUUUCAAUCUGUAACCUAACAGUUAGUUGCCACUAUAUCCUACACACUGGUCCUUUAAGAACGACAAACUAUUUUUGAAUCCACUUGUGGAAAAGAUGAAGUUAUAAUAGAAAAGGUUAAAUAUAGGCAUAUCUAUUUUUUAUCACUGUCAGCUUGUGUUGCCACACGUUGAACAUAUGUAUACUGUCGGAUAGUUUUGAAUGCAACAUUUGCUCCAGUUCCUCGCUGAUACAUAUUUGAAGACGCCUUGCAUAUGUGCCAUGUUCCCAUGUGUGCACUGUGCUAUUUGGUCAAGUGCCCAUCAUAAAACCUAUAUUGUCUUCAGCUGUAACAUUUCUAUAGUAGCAGUGACCAGGGAACACCUGCACAGAAUACAUUUCACCUGGCCAGGUGCUUAAUCAGCAAUGCUGUUGUGUGUGUCUGCGUAUGUGUGUGUGUGUGUGUGUGUGUCUGUGUGCACCUUUUACGAUUAUGAUUAUGUUGCUUGUUCUCAUCUCUUGUAUUUAACCUUCUGCUUUGCGCCGUAACUUUAUUUUAAUUUGUAUUAAAUCUAAUCAUGAGCUAACUGAGAUUAUAAUAAUGGAAUACAAAUACUACUGGCAUAGUGGUGUGUUGGUAGAGGAUUAAAGUCAAGAAUGCUGAAUGUACUGAAGCAAGGCAACAGAUAUCCAGAGUGUGCUUUUUAUGACACAAAUAAAAAGCCAUCCCUUAUCACACAAAGCGCUUAUUAUGUAAUAUAGAUUCAAUAUUUACAUUUGCCUUUCCCCCAUUUUUAAUUUGCUGUUUCAUAAGUAGGGAGCAGUUGUAAUAUUUCAUCUAAAUGUAUUUUGUGCACAGGUCUAUGUGAGUGAAGGUCAGUGAUUCUGGAUAUUCUCUGUGCGUCGGGCGUACUUUGGAUUUGAUUGUGUUGAAUAGAAUUGUUCGAUCCUGUUUCAAAAAACGACGCUUCUGUCACUUUGUGCGCAUGUUCAAAAUAAAGAUGUCACAAGUUUGGUUGUUAAUGCCGAAUACGAUGCAAAGCAACUGAUUCAAAAGCUUCCCAUGUUUGCUGUACUGUACCUUUUAAGUUAUGAUUCCUGAAAAUGUCCUAUAUAUUCCACAAUAAAGAGAAGAUUGUGUAA